UUUGGGCGGCGCCGGUGGCGGCGGCUCCUGAGGGAAGGAGGAGGCGGUGGCGGAGGAGGCGGCGCUGCUGGGAGCUGGAGCGAGAGGCCCCUCCCCUCCCCCGGCCUCCCUGCCGGACACGGGACGUUGGAGCCAUGAAGGAAACCAUUCAAGACAAAAAGUAUUGGGGGUCGUCCCACGGCCUCCGCAACCCCAUGGGGCCUCAAGGCAAGCUGUGCAGGUCUUCCCAGGAGUGGAGCGAACAAGAGCACAAGCACGGUGGUGGCUUUGAAGGAAGUCGGCACCAGGAGUACGGCAAGGAGCAGCCUUUGGGCUUUGACAGUGAAGAAGAUGAAGAGGAUGAUGAAGGAGGAGGGAAAUGGGAUCUUCCCAGCAUGUCCAGUUGGGGGGUUGCAGGAGGCACAUCUGACCCAUCCAGGAGCAAAUCUCCCAGGGGAAAGAUUGCAAGGAGUGGGGGCAGAGCUUGGCCAUUUGAAGUAGGGACGGGCUCCAACCCCAGAGGGCGCCCACAGCUGCUGGGGAACCCCAGGCGCCGCUGUUUCCGUCGCAGGCGUCAGCGGGGUCUGCGGGCCUUCCGCAUGUUGUUGUACGCGAAGAGCUCCUCCCUAGCUUUCCACUGGAAGCUGUGGGGUAAGAUGGCCUCCAGAGGGCGCCGGCGAGGAGGGCCAAAGCGAGCCCGCUCGUCCCUCUCCCUUUCCCCUGGCUCCCAGCCCGAUGAAGACCACCUUCCCCUUUACAAGAAAAACUGCCUCCUAGGGAUGGAGGACUGUCCGGCGGGGGGAGCCAAGCGCCGCCCCGUCCCCUCUGAGCCCCACCUGGACUAUGAAUUGGAUGGGGCCUUUCCUGCCUCUGCGACCUCACCCCAAGCAUCCCGUCUCAGCUUGCUGGGAGCCCUGAUAGAUGAGACAUCCCCCUAUCCUCAGUAUGUGGAGCUUCAGGGGGUCAGUUUUGACAAAGACCCCGGAGCUAUGGAGGUCGAUGAAGAAGCAGCUGCCCUGCUCAAGUACGCUGCCGGUGGAGCCCAGGCCUCCCCCCGGACUAGGAGGCUGAGAGAGGCGGAGCACAUCCUGGACGGAGGUGGAGGCUCCCUGGACCCCCUCCCCAACGGCUUUGCAUCCCUCACUCCUGACGGCGACAUGUGCUCCCUCCCUGUAGUCGCAGAUGCUACCAUCCUCAUCAGCAACGUCUGUAGCAUUGGAGGCCACGUGGCUGAGGAGCUUUUCCACAGCCCCCGAGACAAGGACCGGGCAGCGGAUCCCUCCGGCAUCAGGCUAGAAGUGGGGAGCCAGCUGGCAGAGCUGCCCAUGGAGGGUGUCCCUGAGCAGCUGGAUGAGAAGGCCGCCCAGCACAGCCCACUGAGGGAGGAGCACCUCACUUGCGUGCAGAGCAUCCUGGACGAAUUCGUGCAGACGUAUGGCAGCCUCAUUCCCAUCAGCACGGAUGAAGUGGUGGAGAAACUGGAGGACAUCUUCCAGCAGGAGUUCUCCACGCCCCAGAGGAAAGCCAUGGUCCAUCAGCUGAUCCAGUCCUAUCAGCGGAUGCCAGGCAACGCUGUGCUGCGGACCUUCCGGGUCACCUACAAGCGCCACGUCCUCACCAUGGACGAUCUACAGACACUCUAUGGGCCGAAUUGGCUCAACGAUCAGGUCAUGAACAUGUACGGGGACCUUGUCAUGGACACCGUGCCAGAGAAGGUUCAUUUCUUCAACAGUUUUUUCUACGAUAAGCUACGAACCAAGGGGUACGAGGGAGUAAAACGCUGGACCAAAAAUGUGGAUAUCUUCAACAAGGAGCUGCUUCUCAUCCCCAUCCACCUGGAGGUCCACUGGUCCUUGAUCUGCGUGGAAGUGAAGAAGAAAAAGAUCACGUACCUGGAUUCCCAGCGCACCCUCAACCGGCGGUGUCCGAAGCACAUCUGCAGGUACCUGCAGGCUGAAGCAGACAAGAAGAACCGGCCGGACUUCCGAGAUGGAUGGAAAGGGAUUUUCCAGAUGAACAUUGCCAGGCAGAACAACGACAGCGACUGUGGCGCUUUCGUCUUGCAGUAUUCCAAAUUCCUGGCCCUGGGGCUCCCCUUUACGUUCACGCAGCAAGACAUGCCGAAGCUCCGCCGCUUGAUGUACAAGGAGAUGUGUCACCGCAAGCUGACUGUGUGAGGAGGCCUGCGUCCACUCAGCCCCCUCCCACACACCCCAUUCACCUUCCAGAGCCCGGAGCAGCCCCCUGAAAGCUCUGCCUCACCUGGCCAGGUGGAGGUUGACGCCUGGGGGUGUACACAAGGGGACUUUGGGGUGACUGGAACUCUUUGAGAUUUGACAAGUGGACUCCUGUUAAGGGGGGAAUGUGUUUUUAACCCAAAUUUACCCCCCUUUAUCUUUUUCUCUUCCUGGUCUCCCCCCCCCCCCCUUUUCAUAUUUAAACCUAACCCAGGUGGAGUUUCUUUGAGUUGGUUCUUUUGGGGAGGGACUGGGGGUGGCUGGGGGCGUAUGUUGAGCCUGCCCUCUGGAAGUCCUCCACUCCAAAUGGAAGAGAAUUGAUAAGAGCCCUGAAAACCGGGACCAGGAAGAGGGGGAAGGCAGCGGUCCCCCUUUCUCCCCUUUCUUGCCUUUGUUGGUUACUCGUGUUAGUGAAUACUGUGUGGGUUUUUUCUCCCCUGAGUUGGAAAAAGUUGGGAGCUGGAAAAGCGGGGUGGGUGGCGGGAGGGGACAGGUUUAUACACUGGGGCCGAGAACUGAAACAAGCAUUUUUUAUACGAUGGCUGCCAUUGUGGGUAAUAAAAAAGCAUUCUUUGGAGAAGCAUGGAAGUGGUGGUGGACUGUCCCC